CUUACGCAACUUCUAUUUACGUUCUAUAAUAUGUACUUCCUUCUUAAUCUUGUUCCUGCCUAAGUAACUCGUUGCAUUUUUUAUGAUGAUUAUUGAUAGAUUUGGAUUAUUAUUAAUCAUAAGUGCUCUUGAAUUAGCACAUUCACAGCCAGGCCCCUGUGACGAUUUAAAUAAGGUUGUUAUCGGAGAUGAAAAAAGAACGUAUACAUAUAUACAUAAUUAUACAACUGAAAAUCCAUUUUCUGAUGAUCGUUUGGUACGACAGUGGUAUAAAAUAAAUCGGACAAUAGGCGACCAAAUGGUACAGUCAUCACCUGGAGCCUUCAGCUGUGGAACCUGGUAUCCAAUAUGGUUGAAUGGUAACCUUUCCUCAAUUCCUGGUGAGGUCUUUGUCCGAAACGUAUGUCUUCAAUCAUUUUCAAAUGAGUGUGAUCAAACUUGGGCCAUAAACAUAAUUUACUGUUGUGAUGGAUCAUUUAUUUAUGAACUUACUCCAAGUCCGUUUAUAGACUCAGGAUAUUGUUUUGGUUUACAGGAGCCUUAUCAAUUUCCAGGUGCCUUUUCACAAUGCCAAAAAGACUCAGGUAAGGUAGUAGUUGAUUUUAAAUAAAUAUUUUCU